UCAUCGGUUACUACAUACUUACGCCUUUUACUUCCGGAUCCUUCCACCGUCUUCCUUUUAUCUCCCACCGCUUCUUCAUCUCGACCCUUCCAGCCUCUGUGAGGGUUUCUCUGCAAGAAACCCAAUUUCAAGUUGCAAUCUUCAACCACUCCACAAAGGAGUGAUUCUCCUUCAAAUCCCAUCUCAAGAAGUUGUUUCUAGCACUCCCAAAUCAAAACCCCAAACUAUACAAAAAAAUGCCUUCAUCAGAGAUCGAAAUUUUAUCAGUCUUUCACGUCUUUAGCGCUCCUGCUUAUGGCGAUCUGCUGAAAUUGCGAAAAUUCGUCGAAGAUGAUGUUGUUUCUCUCUCUCAACCUGAUGCAAAUGGCUAUUACCCCCUUCAAUGGGCGUCCGUCAAUAACUUCCCCGAUGUUGCUCAGUACAUUAUCGAGGUACUGAGGUACACUUCACUCUAUGGGAAAUACUCUUCAACAUUAAGGGCAAAUCUGUCCAACAAAUACUCUUCAAACAUUGGUUUUACACUGCAAGAAUGUAGGAAAUGAAGCCUUUCAGAAUGCUGUUUGUUUCUGCAAUCAUGCUGUUGCAAACCAAUAUUUGGGUGAAGUCAUUGACGCAAUUGGAGAUUGGAGUAUAGCUAUAGCUUUUGACACAAGUUACCCAAAAGUAAAAAUUCAUUCGUUCUUGGAAUUUCGGUUACCGACACAGAACCAAAAGCAAUAUUGUACAUACCGUGCAUCCAACAAAACUGAAAGCUGCAACUUGAUAUUUUUUUUUAGCAUUUUCCAUCCGUUUUGCCUCCAAACUUCCGUCAAAUUAUAUGCUGAAAGGAUGGGGGUCUGACUGCGACAAGCAAAGCGGCUCAGCAGCCCCGGCCAGAACCAUUAGACCCCGACUUACAAUGGAUUAUCGAAGGUGUUUUGAUGUCGAUUUCAUCAAAAGGUGGUCUGAUGCCGACGAUUUUAAAAUCGAUUUCAUUCUUAGUGAGUUUUGCUAUUCGAGAACACCACCGUUAUAUCCCCAAAGGGAUUACACAGGGCUACAGUUCCUUGCUGUGGAUGAGAUUUCUCUAAUCUCUUCAGACAUGGCGAUCUGUGCAGCUGUCAAAGGAGAAACAAGGAACACAGCUGUCAAAAGAGAAACAACCAACAUCCACCUCUAA